AUGGAAGAAGAAAAACAGGCAAAAAGACAAUCCACCAAAUCUACAAAUGGCAUUGAAGAAAUCAUUAGUAAUAACGAAAUCAAGAAAGACAUUCAAGAAAGCAAAUCCAAUGGUGAUGAUUUUCAUACACCUCCUCCCAACCCACAUAACGAAGCUGUGAUGACCACCUCACAAAAACCUAUUCUUGGAGAACAUUCUAUCCAAUAUUUGGUUGAUGCAAUUCUAGAAGAAAUUCAUGGUUGGCUUGUAAAUAUACUAUUGGAUACAUUUGAGAGUGCUAUUAUGGUUUCAUUAAAUCCCGAAAAUACGUUUCAAAAGAAAAUAUACCGUGGAGAGAAUAGCUACUUUAUUCAAUCUGUUUAUCAAGAGUACACAUUUGACUGGAUUGAAGUGCAAACUAAGUGUAUCAAGGAUGCAAUGUUGUUUCCAGGAUUUGAUUUGACUUUAAAUAAAGUAGACAGAUUUGGUUUUAAGGUUGCAAGCAAUAAAGAAACCAUAUUCAUUGAAGUAUCUGGAGGACCGGAGAAUGUUGUUACAAAACAUGUCAGAGAAGAUACUGAAAGGCUCAUCAAGGAAGCUAUGUUUGACUUGGUCUCUUUGUUUAGAAACAUUUUAGAUAAGAAUGCAGAAAAUGCAAGAAAUAUAUGUACCUACAUGGUGCAAUGUAUUGGUAAUGUGUCAGUUUCUUUUGAACAGUAUCAAUCUUAUUCUGGUUAUUUUAUGUUAGGUGAUCGAAUUACGUUAAGUGAACUUCGUCUUGAUAAGAAGCAUUUUUAUAAAAUUUCACAGAUUAAGUCAGCGAUGUUACCAUUCUCUUUUGAAAGAAGUUGA